ACAACACCACAACCCUGCAACGCGACACGCCCAUCUGUCUCUCCCUCUGUCUCUGUCUGAUGUCAUCAUGAGCUCAACACACAUCUGAACUCCGGCACGGCUUAAAGGAACGACAGAGGAAAAGGAGAAAACUUUACUGAGGUGUGGAGAAGAAGAGCGUUCCAACAGUAUGGGCUCUGGCCAGAGCAGUGACAAAUUAUACUGCAACCGCUAUCUGAAGGGACAGGGUCCUCCAUCACUGGUACAACAAGCUAAUGCAGAGGUGAAUGGGAUGCACAGAAGAAAAGGCUGCCAGCCAGAGGGCCAGAUGACCUGGGUGAUCCUCCACAGAGACCUGCCGGGAUUCCCUGAUGACAACACCUUGCAGAUAAACUACAUAUUCCCAGAUGGAAUACAGACAGAGCAACACCCUCACCCCGGCCAGCCUUACGCCGGGCUGCGGCUCUGCGCUUAUCUGCCUGACAACCGCGACGGCAGGAAGGUUCUCAAGCUGCUGGAGAAGGCCUUCAACCAGCAGCUCCUGUUCACUGUCACUACCAAGACAAACGGAGAGGACAUGGUCACCGCGACUUCCAUCCCCCAAAAAACACAAGCAGACGCAGGAAACGGAGUUGACGGGUACCCAGAUUCUGACUACCUGAAGACGGUGAGGAAGCUACUGAAGGAUAAAGGCAUUGAAUAAGCCACAGCACACACUGCUGGACGGAGGCAGAGACUUCAAACUACAGUUCAUCUCUGAAUCACCAGAGAAUUUGAGCUGUAAAUGAUUAGAAACUGUUGUCGGGGGUUGAUGUUUAAUGUGAUGUGUAAUCUUGAGUGUAUGUGUGUUAUUACAGUGCUGCAGUUCUUAUUCUUGAAAUAUAUUUAUUAUAACACAUUAUUACACAGCUCUAUUAAAUGCUGUAUUCUGAUUGGUCAGUCGCAGCAUUCAGAGGUCUGACAUUACUGUGUAAUGACCGUUGCUAUGUAGCCCAGCGUUGCUAGGGACACUACUUUUCAUUUUCUCUUGAUUCCCUGUAGCUAUUGUAAGCACAGAUUCAGCCGUUGCCGGCAGUUUUUUUUUCUCUCCUCCCGAUUUAAUUUAUAAAUCAAUAAAAAUCAUAUAAUUAAUCAA